CGUUAUGCUGCAGCAGCAGUGCCAUCCACAAUCUCAUCCGCAGUAUCUGCACCGCCUUCCGCUCUCAAGCCGAUGGAUGAAACGAUCGUAGCUCCGAUUACUAACGGUUAUGAAAACAAAACUGUCACAGGUCAGCGCUGUAAUUUGAGGACGAAAAGAACAGCAAAACUGGAAGUUUAUGGUGUGAUUUAUCAAAUGUUAGAUGUCAGUCCCGGGUUAGCGAAUGUAUUGAAUUCACAUAGCCGACCGGAAUCUGUGCCGCUACCGACGGACGAGUUGCAAGGUGCCGGUGAUGCUGCCGAGGAUACGUCAAAGAUGCCCUCACUUAGUAAUUCCGUUCCGCUCAAAACGGCGACGUUGAACGGUGUGAAGCAGAGCAACUGCGAUUCGGCCAGUCAUCCCUGUGAAGACAUUGUCGGGCUAAAGGAUCAUAAUGCUUCGAUCGAGAAGAUAGAAGCCAUGUUCGAUAAUGAAAUUUCCGUGGCUGAAGAAAACGUACGAAAUUCGUUUAAGUGUGUACGGCAACUUUUGGCCGAUCGCGAGAGCCAUCUGCUGGCCGAGUUACGACGAACGCAUGAUGAAGGGGCACGAUUCUUCAAUGAGCGUCGAGUGUUAUCUUGUGAGUUAGAUGAGCGUGCCAAACGUAUGAGCGCAAUGAGUGAUCGUGAACAGGCCGAUUUACGAGAGGAAAUUGCGAGAUUUGUUGCGGAGAAGGAAGCGGAAGAAGAAAUCGGCCGUGCCAUUCGUUACCAUUGUGACAACACUCAGCUUAUUAAACUUGUUAAAAAUUUCGGCGAAGGUGAUUUUUUGGUGUGA